GUUUGCUGUUGUCUGAUGACGGCAAGUAACUGUUGUUUGCGAGUCAGCUCAGGGUCAGUUCAACGAAACCGGUCAGAGUCGACCGCGGAUGAGUGGUUUGUUCAAGAUCCCGAAAGUGCCAGCCAACGCCGGUAGUGGCGGUGAAGGGGGACCGGCAGCGCCAGCAGCAGCCCGCCCUCGGGUCGGCAUUUCUGGGCAUGCUUUUUCCGGCCGAAGAGAUGCCUUCGGUUCGACCCAGCGGUUCUACGCUCCGCAGUCGAAGCCGGUUGAACAAUCAAAGAAGGUCGGCGGAGUUGUUGGCAAUUCCACCCGAAACCUGAUGGACAUGGACGACACCCUGCUGAAUGCGGUCGAUUUGGAUGGAAUCGAGCAGCGUAUGAGUGGUGCGGAAAGGGAGGAGGCAAUUAAUAGGAAUAAGACCGUAAUGAAAGAAAAACGUCAUAACAUGUUGCCGCCGAUUAUGGAAGCUCCCAAGCGGAAGAAAUCACGUCUUUCGAAUAUAACAGUGCUGCAAAUGGACACAGUUCAGGAAGAGGGCCCCAGUAGUUCCAAGUCCAAACCGACCAGCGUAGGAAGGGACAUAUCCCGAUUGGACCAAACCCGGACGAUGUCCUCAAUCUCUGCUCAUGUUUCGAGUAUACCGUGGUCAAGUUCGGUCGUAGUUCACGAUCGGCGGCCGGUAAUUUCUCCCGCCAGUACGACAAUUCCUCCCGCUGGUACGAAAAUUCCAAAAGAGGUGACGGUGGAUCUGUUCGAUUGGGAAUCGCAAGCCUUCAGAGAAGAAGUCGAAAAGAUCAUCAAAGAUAAGCUGCAAGUGACAGAGGAAGAAGAUGAACCGAUUCCCUGCUAUCAGCAGUCAGAUGUUGAACGGAAGAGAGUUGACUCAGAUGGCAGUCUGGAGCCAGACGAUGGAGAAUUGAUGAGUAGCAGUCAACUGUUCUUGGAAGAAGUCGACCGGAUGAGAAACCGACCGCUGACCCAACGGAAAAUGACAAAUAGUCACACAUGCUCGCAGUACAUCCGGUUGGAGCGAACGAUGGUGGAGGAAAACCAGAUCAACUUGGCUGACGAUCAGGUCGACAGCCAGUUGGCAAGGGAGUUUGACUGCAGCCAGCACUGGAGGGAAAUGAACGAUAAUUACCAGAUGUGCGAGCGGACACUGGUGGAUGUUAGCAACAUUGAUCUACAGGGUGGUCGGGUAGAGGAUCACGCAGUAAUCGAAGCGCAGGUUGCCGCCGCGAUCGAUUGGGAAGAAGAUGUGAGCAUUGCCGAUACGACGAGGAAGCCGCCCAAAGCAAGGCUGGAUGAUAUUUUCGGGAAGUCCAGAUUCACGGCGGAUUCGCCGAAACGGGUAGCACAGAAGCCGGCUCCGCUGGUGUCGUCGCACUUCCAGGAUAAGGGACCGUUCUUUGGGCUGCCGAGCAGGGUUCGGAGUCUGCUGGAGGAGUACCGAGGGAUUAAAGAGAUGUACGACUGGCAAAAGGAAUGCCUCGGGUUGCCGGCAAUCGUUGAGCGGAGAAACCUGAUCUACGCGCUUCCAACCAGCGGUGGCAAAACACUAGUCGCCGAGAUCCUUAUGUUCCGGGAAAUCCUGCUCCGGCGGAGGAACGUGAUGUUCGUCGUACCAUACGUAUCGCUGGCCCAGGAAAAAAUGACCGGCUUGUCCCCGUUUGCGGUGGCCAUGGAGUUCCUGAUAGAGGAGUACAGUGGCGGCAAGGGUGUCAUUCCGCCCCGCAAACGACGCAAGAAGCAAUCGAUAUUUGUCUGUACGAUCGAGAAGGCAUUGGUCCUGCUAGACAGUUUGAUCGAGGCGGAUCGGGCCAACGAGAUCGGGCUGGUGGUGGUCGAUGAGCUGCACAUGAUAGGUGAACCGAAGCGAGGGGUUAGCUUGGAGGUUUUACUGACCAAGAUCCUUGCGAUCAAGGCCGGUAUUCAGAUCGUGGGAAUGAGUGCCACGAUAGGAAAUCUGAACGAGAUUGCCAAGUUUAUGACGGCGGAUAUCUACUGCCGGGACUUCCGACCGGUAGAGCUGAAGGAGUACGUGAAAUGUGGUGUUGAUUUGCUGCAAAUCAACCACAAGGCGAAAACGUUGGAGGAUGCAUUCGUGAACAAACAGACGAUCGAUUUCGGUUAUGCGGACGCGAUGAGGCGUGUCGAUCCGGAUCAUUUGAUAGGCCUAGUACUGGAUGUCAUUCCGGCCGAUUCGUGUUUGAUUUUUUGUCCCACGAAGCGCCACUGUGAGCAGCUGUGUACGCUGCUGAUACAGCAUCUACCACAGGAAUUGGCACAGUUCAAGGCUGACGAAAAGAAAGCGUUGAUAGGCCUUCUGAAGAACGAUGAAUCGACGGCCAAUCUACUGCCGGGUGCCUUUCGACUAGGAAUCGCCUAUCACCACUCCGGAUUGACCUACGACGAACGGAAACUGAUCGAGGACGCCUAUCGAACGGGGGUCAUCUCCCUCAUCAUCUGCACAUCCACCCUGGCAGCCGGGGUAAAUCUUCCGGCCAAGCGGGUCAUAAUCAGAACUCCCUUCAUAGCCACCAACUUCCUGACGCUGAGUCGCUAUAAACAGAUGGUGGGUCGAGCCGGUCGUGCGGGGUACGGUGAAUGCGGUGAAAGUAUCAUGAUCUGCGCCCAGAAGGACAUCACCGCCGUGUGCAAUCUUCUCUGUUCGCCGAUGGACGAGGCGAAUUCUUCGCUUCACUCCGAGGAUUACUUAUACUUGAAGAACUUGAUUCUCAGUGCGAUUGGGCUCGGGAUCUGCUCCACUCGGAACGACAUUCAGAAUUUCGUCGCCCUGACGCUGCUGGCCAUUCAGGCGGAGAAGCUCGGGGUGAACUGGCGGGAGGCGACGGACAUAGCGAUCACUACUUUGUACAAGGAAAACGCGAUCAAGGCCAAAAGUGACGGCUGUCUGAAGAAUCCGGUCAAUAUGACGAUCCGGUUCGAUGAGAGUCAGUACGGUGAACCGACGACGAUUCAUGGUCUGAAGGUUUCCCGAGGGGCUGAAGGAUCCUCUCAGGAGGGCAAACUGAUUAAGACGUUGAACAAAAGCUCCCGGUUGGAGGUCAAUCGAUUAGGGAAGGCUACGAUCCGAGCUGGGUUUACUAUGGAUAAAGCAAUCCGAUUCUACGACGAAAUGAUUCGGGUUGGCGAGCGAUUAAACGUACAGAACGAACUUCAUCUGUUGUAUAUAAUCGUGCUGGAAGAUGGAGGCGAGAUUCGACCGAAGGAUUAUGUGAGCUUUUUCACCCAACUGACCCCGGAGGAGAUGAUCAUAGCCAAGCGGUUCCAUAUAGGAGAAUACACCAUCGCCAAAAUUCUUGGUAAAAAGUUUAUUCCUCUCGACCUCCUUCCGACGAUCCGUCGCUUCUACCGCGUGCUGAUCCUGCACGACCUGUGGAAUUUGAAAUCCCCCCAGCAGGUGGCGCUCAAAUACAACGUGGACGCCGGAUCGGUUCAAACUCUGAUGAGCAAUGCCGCCUCGACGGCAUCCGGGCUGCAUCGGCUGUGCGAAGAACUUCCCGAGCUGUGGGCGUUCAAGCUGCUGCUGUUGACGAUGGUGCAACGCCUUUCGCACUGCUGCACGACGGAGUUGCUCCCUCUGAUGGAACUGCCAGCAGUGAAAGUGGGGCGUGCCAAACAGCUCUAUCGAGCCGGAUUCACUUCCUUGGCCUUGAUAGCUAAGGCGAAGUCAAGAGAUUUGGUGGAAUCGGUCGAGCACAUGAGCUACCGGACGGCGAAUCAGCUUAUUCUGAGCGCGAAGGCCAAGCUGAUGGAAGAGGUGGAAGCACUCCGGGACCAAAUGGAAGACUAUAUGCACCUGCUGAUCGAUCCUCCACGUUCCAACUAAUCGUAAGCUCUGACGACACCUGUUGCAAUUUCGCCGAUCGAAUGUGUAGAUCUUUUACAUUGUUAGUUUUAGUAUAAACAUUAACUCAAAGCUUAGAACCCUCGUGAA